AUGCCGCUGGUGCCCGAGUCGCGGCGCAGCCGGCAGGACGUCAAGGCCUCCAUCGCCUCCCAGUUCUGGGAGCAGCCGGUGCACUCCACCAAGUCGCUGGACGGCCAGCUGUGGUCCCUGCCCUGCGAGCCCCCCGCCCUCAACCUCACCGGCUCCUCGGGCCUGUCGCGCACGCAGCAGCUGCUGGCCGCGCAGGCGGUGCGGGUGCCGCUCUUCCCUUCGUACGACGGCAGCAGCGACGGGCUGGUGCUGGACCGAGUGCUGGCCAAGGCGGGCGGGCGGCGCUGGUGGACCGCGCUGAGCGGGCGCAUCAAGGCGCAGCGCGCGUACAGCCUCGCCGCCAGCGAGCAAGUCGGCAAGGUGGAUGCCGUGCGCGAUCUGGGCAACUACGCGCUGUGCUCCCGCAGCCGCUUCCAGCUGGGCCGCCGCCUGGUGCUGGACAGCGUGGUGGAGGCGCCCGACGCACACAAGCUGCGCCAGCGGGUGACGCGGCGCCUGAGCGAGCGCCGAGCCGCGCGGGCCGCCGCGGCGGCGGCGGCGCCUGGGGCCGCGGCAGAGGCGGAUGGGCUGCAUGUCGGCGCAGGCGCCGGCGCCGGCGCUGGCGCUGAGCUGGCUGCCGAGCACUCGGGCGACGGCCCCGGCCCCGGCACACCCGCUGCCCGCUGCGGCGUGCCGGAGCUGGAGCCGUGCCAUGCGCACGCCACGCUGCGCUGCGUGCUGCCCGGCCACGACCUGGCGGCGACUGCGGGGUACAACCUGCAGUAUGUGGACAGCACGGGGGAUGUGAGCCACGUGCCGCUGGCGGUCAGCCUGUACCUGGCCUCGCACGACCGCCAGGACGGGCUGCAGUACAGGGUGGGCCUGCACCAGGUCACCGCCCCACUCACCGAGGUGCCGCCCAAGCCCGGCGCGGCGCAGCGCUGGCGCACCAGCCUGCACGCCCAGGGCGCCGUGGCGGUGGAGGGGGAGGCCUACGUUUGGAAAGCAGCCGGCAGCGGCAACGGAGGCAAUAGCACCGGCGGCAGCACGAGCCCGGCCAGCGGCGCCAGCUCGGCGGCGGCUGCAGACGGUGCGUUCAAGCAGCUGGGCAAGGGCGGCGGCGACGAGGAGGCCGGCAGGGAGGAGCCGCGCCGCACCAAGCUGGCCAGCGCCCUGGAGAGAGCGGCUGAUGAGGACGCUGUGCUGCUGCGCAAGCAAAACGGAGACAGGGUGAAGAGGGGAGAGGGCCAGCAGGGCAGCGCCGAUCCCAGCCAGCCGGCUGAACCGGCGCUCGCAGCGGCGGGGCCUGACGCUGGCGAGGCUUCGGCAGGCGUCGGCGGGGAGCAGCAGCAGGCAGCAGCGGCGGCGGCGGGCUCGCCAGCUCAAGCCGCCGCGGGCGAUGCCGCGGCGCAGGAUGCUGGCGCGGGAGCGGCGCACCAGGGGCUGCCCGGCGCCCGGCUGAAGGACUUCAUUCGCCCGCUGGAGCAGCUGGGCGAGCAGGUCAGCGACAUGCUGCACAAUGUCACACACCCCAAGCAGCACCCGCAGCCCGAGGGCGGCAGCCAUCAGGAGCAGCUGGAGCAGCAGCCGCGGCAGGCAGGUGAUGCCUCUGGAGGCGGCGCACGCGGCGGCGCCGGCAGCGGCGGCCGGGGCGGCAUCCCCGCCCCGGGCCCCCUGCUUGGCCUCUCCUCUCACACCAUCACCGCCACCAUCCAGGAGAGCGUGGCGCUGCUGCAGCAGGUCAGGGAGUCUGUGGAGCGGCUGACGGGCAACGUGCAGGACGGCUCGCUGCAGCGGCUGAGCCAGCAGCUGGCGGACAGCCGCGGCACGCCCCAGCGGCGGCGCCCGUACAGCAUGCUGCUGGCGCAGCCCCACCUGAAGCUGAAUGCCGCGCUGGGGUGCCUGGCGCGCAUGCCGCUGCCACCGCUGCGCGCCUUCAGCUUCCCGCACGCCUCGCUGGAGCCUCUGGACGGCAGCAGCGGCGGCGGCGGCGGCGGCGGCGGCCUGCACACCCCCCACGCCUCCACCUCCAGCCUGCUGUCCCGAGCCUCCUACUCCUCGCAGCUGGCAGAGGCGUGGCAGCCGUACUUCAAGGCCACCGCGCUGCGCGUGUUUGCGUCCGCCGCCGUGUCUGGCCAGCUGGGGCGCUUCACGCGGCCCUGGCUGGACUUCACCGCCGCCUCCGCCCGCGUGGAUAUGGCGCUGACGUCGCCCCACGUGGUGGGGGACAGCAGCCGCCGCCCGGACAAGCACCGCGCGUUUGCGCUGGAGGGGCGCGGCGCCUGGCACGCCCUCAGCCUCAGCCUGGCGCAGCAGGUGUACGGCCCGGUGCGUGCCCGCGUGGACGCCCGCUUUGCCUUGGACCCCACCUCUGUGCCCGCCAGCGAGGGCGAGCGCAGCACGCUCAAAGGCGUGCUGCAGACGGCGCUCAGCGUGCGCCCCAGCCUGCUGGAGACUGUGUACGGCUGCGACUGCGUGCUGCCCAGCACCGAGGGCGCGGCGCGCCUGGCCAUCUGGUUCUCGCCCAAACGCCGCGAGUGCAUGGCGGAGCUGCGCUUCUUCUGA